GAAUCAUCCAAAGUGUUGGGCCCACUCAGUACCCAGCAGUUGGCGCUCUCCUUUCUUUUUUCAACAACAACGUCCUUCUCUGCGGAUGACACGCUUUUCUCAUUCCCAUCUCACUCUUCCUUCUUUCUUCCCCUUUUCUUACUUCUCCUUUUUCCCUUAACCCUCUCACUUUUCUUCCUUUUCAUCCAACAUAACACAUUCUUCUCAAUCAUUCCAUAAAAACCUAAAUUCUUCGUUUCUUUUUCCGGAUGGGUACCAGUACCGUCCUUUGUCAAUCUCAAUUCUGCUCCCAUUUUUGGAUCCUCCUUCCCUUUCGUUGAUCUCAUUCCAAAGCUGGUUCCAUCAUUGAGGGUAAACCAGCAAUAGCAUAAUCACAAAGAAUAGCACUGUGAAGAUGGUUCUAGGAAUUAAAUCAAGGAGCAGAAAGAGUGGGCCAACACUAGUUAAGUACAUAAUCCAUAUUCAGGAGAUUAAGCCAUGGCCCCCUUCAUCAUCGCCUGUUUCACCAUCACUGAAAUCUGCUAAAUCUGUAGAGCUCCAAUGGGAUCAUGAUGGCCAAAGUUCUGGGUCUCUGUUGGCCAGUUGCGGCAAUGGGAAAAUUGAAUUCAAUCAAUCUCUCACAAUUUCAGUACUUCUGUCCAAUAAAGGCAAAUUCCGUGAAGGUUUUCAGAAGAACUUGUUAGAGUUCAACUUGUAUGACAAGACAGUAAAAAGUCAACUCAUUGGAUCAGCUACGAUAAACCUUGCAGAGUUUGGAAUUAUUAAGGAAACAAAAGAUAUAAGCACUGUGUUGAGCACUAAGAGGAGUUUCAGGAGCUCGGCACAAACGACUCUUUAUGUUGCUAUUCAGCCAAUUGACACAGAGAGUUCCAGCUCAUCGCCAAACAGCAGCUUGUCAAAAGAAUUUUCAGUAGACAGGGAAGAUAGCGAAUCCGUCUCAGUAUCACGGUCUGAAAUUGUAUCGGCAGCGCAUUCUGUUGAUGAUGAUGAUGAUGAACUUGAAAUAGCGUCUUUCACCGAUGAUGAUGAUGAUGAUGAUGAUGAUGCAAUUCCUGCAAAUAAAUUGCAAAACAUCAGAUCCGAUUCACAGAAUACUGGGAGUGUCUCCCCUCUAAGUGAAAAUGACAGCAUCAAAGCUAUCAAGGUUGGAACAAAAGGAUCCAAUGGAAAAUCUGUUCUCUCCUUAGGAAGCACCACUUCUAGCUCACUUAAAAGCACAAAGGGUGAAGCAUCCACACAGUUCAAUGGCAGCAAAUCACCCCCUUCACCUACAGUUGAUCCUUCGGAUAUGGGAAUUCGAAACGCAAAAGAUGAAGCAUCCACACAGUCCAAUGGCAUCAAAUCACCCUCUUUAUCUGCAAUUCGACCCUCGAAUACGGGAAUUCGAAAUGCAGAAGGUGAAGCAUCCACACAAUUCAAUGGAAUCAAUUCACCCUCUUCUCCUGCAGUUUGGCCCUCAGAUAUGGCAAUUCGAAACCAAAAAGGUGAAGCAGCAUCCACAGAGUUCAAUGGCAUCAAAUCACCCCCUUCACCUGUAGCUCUGUCCUCAGAUAUGGGAAUUCGAAACACAAAAGGUGAAGCAUCCACAGAGUUCAAUGGCAUCACAUCACCCUCUUCACCUGCGGCUUUUCACUCAAACAUGGGAAUUCGAAACACCGAGGGUGAAGCAUUGACAGAGUACAGUUGCAAUAAAUCUCCUUCUUCAUCCAUAGUUCUGCCGUCAGAUAUGGGAAAUGCUACAAGUGGCAGGCGUUCUUCAUCUAAAAUUUACGAGGAAAACAUGGAGGCUACUGAUGAAUGUUCUGAAAUUUCAGAAAGCAUUCAACGAUCACAUCGGCGAAAUUUCAGUAAGGGUGAAAUUUUUGAAAGCAUAUCUUCAGCUUCAUACAACUCACCAAGUAGGCAACCCAUCUUUGGAAGAUCUCCCCAAUCUCAAGUUGCUCGAGAGGGUAGGUUUACUAAGCAAAACGUGAAGGUUACCAAUGAAAGUUCUGAGAUUCCAGAAAGCACUCAACAAUCACAUCGGCGAAAUUUCACUGACAGUGAUAUUCUUGAAAGCAAGUCCUCUGCUUCAUACAAUUCAUCAAGUAGGAAACCCUUCUUUGGAAGAUCUUCCCAAUCUCAAUUUGCACGAGAGGAUAGGUUUGGUAAGGAAAAUGCAAAGGUUACCAAUGAAAGUUCUGAAACUCCAGAAAGCAUUCAACAAUCACAUCGGCGAAAUUUCACUGACGGUGAUAUUCUUGAAAGUGUAUCUUCCGCUUCAUACAAUUCAUCAAGUAGGCAAUCCAUCUUUGGAAGAUCUUCCCAAUCUCAAGUUGCUCGAGAGGAUAGGCUUUCUAAGAAGCAUAGUGGAAGUGAACAUGGGUAUAAUGAAUAUGAUCAGGAGAAUGCAAAUAGUGUUUUUGACACUGACGAUUUGAAGGAAAAAGAGGAAAUGGAAGAGAUAAAAGAACAGGAACAGUUUACCAUGAGGAAUGAAGUUGAUAAUUUUUGUGAAGAUGAUUUUACUAGGAAAUCAGAAUUGAAUAACAGUGUGCCUUCACCCAAAAUGAUAUCACAUGAAAAUCAAACGCAUAAUCUGCUUAAUGAUAAUGCAGAGGAUGCGAGUACUGCAAGGUUUGAUUUACAAUCUGUUGAGAGCAGGAGUGAGACCCUAGUUCAAGCAGAGGAAAUUAAUGAUGUUGAUGUCGGUGGCACGUGUCAUGAAAACGUUAAUCGGACUGAAGAGUUUAUUGAUGAUACGACUGAAUCAGAAAGCAUUAAUCGGACUGAAGAGUUUAUUGAUGAUAAGAUUGAAUCAAAAGCUAAAGUUGAAAUGCUUCUACAAGAGCUGACAGAGGCCGCUGCUCUUGAAGUUUCACUGUAUUCAGUCAUUGCUGAACAUGGUAGCUCGUCAAACAAGGUUCACACACCUGCUCGGCGCCUAUCUAGAUUCUAUUCCCAUGCUUGUAAGGUUGGCACCCCUGCUAAUAAAGCUAGUGUAGCCCAAAGUGCUGUCUCGGGAUUUGUAUUGGUUUCUAAAGCAUGUGGAAAUGAUGUUCCAAGGUUGGCAUUCUGGCUCUCAAACAUGAUAUUGCUGAGAGCACUUGUGAGCAAAGAGCUUGACAAUGCACCCAGCGAUGGAAUUGAUGCUCGUCCUCGUGAGAAUGAAAAAGAAAAUACAGAGAAUCAUUUUCCUAGCUGGGAGGAGCCAGAAACGUUUUUAGUUGCAUUGGAAAAAGUUGAAGCUUGGAUAUUCUCUCGAAUAGUCGAGUCUGUGUGGUGGCAGACUCUGACUCCGUAUAUGCAAUCAGCAGCUGCUAAGAGCUCUGGCUCAAGGAAAACUAGUGGGAAGAGAAAAGGUAUAUGUGAUGACGAACAAGGAAGCUUUUCCAUUGAUUUAUGGAAAAGAGCUUUCAACGAUGCUUGUGAAAGGCUUUGCCCUCUUCGAGCUGGAGGGCAUGAGUGUGGUUGCUUGCCUUUGAUAGCUAGCUUGGUGAUGGAGCAGUUGAUAAACAGACUUGAUGUGGCGAUGUUCAACGCCAUUCUACGUGACUCCACAGAAGACAUGCCAACAGAUCCUAUUUCUGACCCCAUUAGUGAUUCUAAAGUUCUUCCUAUUCCAUCUGGAAAAUCAGGCUUUGGGGCUGGUGCUCAACUAAAGAAUGCUAUUGGUACUUGGUCAAUAUGGCUUUCGGAUUUAUUUGGCGUUGAUGAUAGCGACGAUCUUGACGAUGGCAAUGAAAGUGAUGUUCCAAAACUUGAAUCAUCCUACAAGCCUUUCAGUCUCCUUAACGCAUUAAGUGAUCUGAUGAUGCUCCCUUUUGAAAAGCUCACAGAUGCGGCUAUGAGAAAAGAGGUUAGACCAAACUACUUGAAGGAGGGUUGUCAACAAUUUCGUCCCCGACGAAAUAUUGAAGAUGAUGAAGGGUCCAUCACAAGCUUCCCAUGCAAUGCUGGUUCCACAUCAUAUACACCGCCUCCAUCUUCUUCGGUUGCGGCCAUGUUACAAGAUGUGGGAAGACAAAGUUCACUAAGAUGUGUUUCAUUUGCUCCUAUAAAGCUAUAUAACAGUGAUGAUGAACUUGAAAAAUUGGAUUCUCCCCUUUCUGCACUUGGACUUGGCAUUGAUGACUCAUCAGUUGCAGCAAUAAAGGGUGGUCGCAAGGUUCUUAGAUAUCAGCUCUUGAGACAAGUUGUUUCCAAGAAAUUAGGCAUCACUACGGUUACAAAGGAUGAUGAUGAAGUGGUCACCAAGAGAGUACAAAAUGCAUGGCGAGUGUGCAUCGACUAUAGAAGGUUGAAUGCUGCUACAAGGAAGGACCACUACCCUUUGCCCUUUAUCAAUCAGAUGUUGGACUGUUUAGCGGGUAAAUCCCAUUAUUGUUUUCUUGAUGGAUUCACUGGUUACUUUCAGAUUCACAUUGUGCCUGAAGAUCAGGAAAAGACCACAUUCACUUGCCCUUUUGGCACCUUUGCCUACAAAAGGAUGCCAUUUGGACUAUGUAAUGCACCUGCUACUUUUCAGCGGUGCAUGACCAGUGUCUUUUCUGAUCUAAUGGAGAAUUGUUUGGAAGUCUUUAUGGAUGACUUCAGUGUUUAUGGAACUUCAUUUGAUUGUUGCUUAGCGAACUUGGCUAAGGUCUUAGCUAGAUGUGUUGACACUAACCUUGUCUUAAAUUUUGACAAAUGUCACUUCAUGGUAAGACAAGGUAUAGUGUUAGGACAUGUAGUAUCUAGUGAAGGAAUUUCUGUAGACUCGGCCAAGGUAGAUGCUAUCACCACUUUAUCUCACCCCUCAUCUGUGAAGGAGGUCCGCUCAUUUUUAGGACAUGCAGGAUUCUAUAGGCGCUUUAUCAAAGAUUUCAGAAAGAUUGCUUUGCCAUUGUUGCGCCUACUCCAAAAAGAUGUGGACUUUGAGUUUGACAGUGAAUGUGUGAAAGCUUUUGAAGAGCUAAGGAGAGCUUUUACCACGGCACCGAUUCUGUGA